GCCAACUAGCGAGACCACCAAGGCUUAACUGCUGCAGGUGGAUUGCCAAUCAGACCGACACCACCUGUUCAAGGUCACCGGCUGCAGACCAAAGCAGCCACAAGGAUUAUAUCUUCACACAAACAUCGAGCGAGGCGCCGUAGACUGGUUAUAGAGGCCGCCAGUCGUCGACAUUCAGGCCCUAACGGUCUUAGUGACGCCACGUUCAAACAGCUGCUCCAACGAUAUCAGGUUCAUGUGUUCUGUGUCUUAGCUCUCAGCCUCUUCUCUUUUGCAAUGGGUAAUCUCAAGAACGUCCCGGGGGAAAGCGGCUACAUGAACCUUACAGUAACAGAGCGUAUGACCAUCCAGCAUGUUGAGAGGUUCGGUGCCUCGAUCAGUCUGGUUGGCGUCAUUCUUAUCUUUAUUGCCUAUGGGCUUUUCAGCCGGGUUCGGACCAUCCCCAACACAUUCAUUCUCUUCGCCUCCAUUGCGAAUGUCGGGGCAAGUGUCGCAUGCCUAAUCGGAUAUGCCGGUAUCGUAGCUGGGGAUUCAUCCGCCCUUUGUCAGGUCCAGGCAUUUCUCCUCGAGAUGUUCAUGCAGUCGGACCCCUGGUGGUCAUUUGCCAUGGCCGUUAACGUCUAUAUGGUAUUCUUUAUGGCAUACCAGCCCAGAUAUAAGCACAUGUGGCUCUACUGCCUGCUAUGCUUCGGGCUCCCUUCCCUUCCGGCACUGGUGUGCCUCUUCUACGCUCCAGGCGGGCGGCCUAUCUACGGAAAUGCUACACUAUGGUGUUGGAUUGCGGAUAGCCACAACCAACUGCGGAUAUUCACUUACUAUCUACCUAUAUGGAUGUGCACGGUUUUAUCUGCUGCUGUCUAUGUGGCAGUUGGCUGCCACGUCUUUCACCAGCGAAACCAGUUACGGAACCUGACACUCAGCAACGAAGGGAACGAUACCUCUGCGACUGCAUUGAGACGUUCAUCAGAGAUGUCACAGGACCAUGGCAGUUACGGCACUGCGACGACCGUCGUUCAUGUUACUGCUGAGCUGUCCGACAAUGAAACCAACUCGCCGUCAACGCCACGUGCAUUCAUCCCACCGGUUCCAUUGAAAAUCAAACCAGUUCCUCCUCUUCACCCAUGGAUCUCGCACAACGAGUAUGGCGACGUCGAGAAGCAAAUAUCGCCCACCUCUAAAGCGGCUCCAACAGCCAGUCCAUUCAAUACGGCACUAUCGACCAGCAUCACUUCUGCUGGAGGGCACGAGACCAACUCCCAUCAAGCAACCGGCGAAAACAAUGCCAGUCGUAAAACCAGUAUACCCAAGUCCCGAUUCGUGCCCAGUAACUCAUCGGUAGCAUGGUGGCACAAGUUCACCGCCAAACUUUCUAACCUGGACCCCGUCAAGCUGGCCUACCUUCGCACCUCGUUCGUCUUUGCCAUCUCCAUCCUGGUCACUUGGACCCCGAGCAGCAUUAACCGUGUCUACGCGCUCCUCUAUCCCGCCCGUACCAGCUACACGCUGAAUCUGGCCAGUGCUGUCGUCCUCCCACUGCAGGGUUUGUGGAAUGGUAUCAUCUUCGCUGCCACUACCUGGUCGGUCCUGAAGGAAGAGUCGUGGGAGUUCGCAUUGAGGUGGGUUCCUGGGCUAGGACGAGCAGCAGCAAAGAGGAGGUUGAGAGAGGACAGGGCCAGUGGUGUCAGGUAUAGAGGCAACUGGACUGUCGGUAGCCCUGAUGGUGGUGGAGUGCUUGGCCAUGGGAAUAGUAUGAGGCGCUGUGGCUCCCCUGAGAUUUCCGGCCUUACGAGGGUAGGGACUAAUCAGAGGUCGGUAGGCGGAAAUGUGAGGGUUUUCAGGGGCGGUUCGUUAUGAUGAUGAUAUCUUUAUAAAGCGGAAUGGCAUGGGGUAAGGGCUUGCGGAAUCUAGGUUCGCUUGACCGUUGGCGUUGAACCUUUAGCUGUUUAGCAACCGUGUGCCGGGGGUCUUGCUCGAGUUUCUGCUUACUGAUGAACAUCGGGGGGAUGCAAGCCCAAACUUUCUGCAACUAUCGGCUGAUUUCAUAU